AUGCAGCACUACGGGGUGAACGGCUACUCACUGCACGCCAUGAACUCGCUCAGCGCCAUGUACAACCUGCACCAGCAGGCUGCCCAGCAGGCCCAGCACGCCCCCGACUACCGGCCGUCGGUGCACGCGCUUACACUGGCCGAGCGGCUGGCCGGCUGUACAUUUCAAGACAUCAUCUUGGAGGCCCGCUAUGGUUCCCAGCACCGCAAACAACGCCGCAGCCGCACGGCAUUCACGGCCCAGCAGCUCGAGGCCCUGGAAAAGACCUUCCAGAAGACUCACUACCCGGACGUGGUGAUGCGUGAGAGGCUGGCCAUGUGCACCAACCUGCCCGAGGCCCGGGUGCAGGUGUGGUUCAAGAACCGCAGGGCCAAGUUCCGGAAGAAGCAGCGGAGCCUGCAGAAAGAGCAGCUCCAGAAGCAGAAGGACGCUGAGGGCUCCCACGGGGAAGGCAAGACGGAGGCCCCGACCCCAGACCCGCAGCUGGAGGCCGAGCAGCCCCCAGGUCUGCCCGGCGGUGAGCCCCCCGCAGAGCUGCACCUGAGCCUGUCCGAGCAGUCAGCCAGUGAGUCAGCCCCCGAGGACCAGCUGGACCGGGAGGAGGAACCCCGCGCAGCAGCCGAGGAUCCCAAAGCUGAGAAGAGCCCUGGGGCUGACAGCAAGGGGCUGGGCUGCAAGAGGGGCAGCCCCAAGGCAGAUUCCCCAGGCGGCCUGGCCAUCGCUCCUGCAGCCCCGGGGGGUGGCCUCCUGGGCCCCUCGCACUCCUACUCCUCGUCCCCGCUGAGCCUCUUCCGCCUGCAGGAGCAGUUCCGCCAGCACAUGGCGGCCACCAACAACCUGGUGCACUACUCGUCCUUCGACGUGGGGGGCCCCGCCCCCGCGGCCGCUGCCGCCGCCGCCGCCGUGCCCUACCUGGGCGUCAACAUGGCCCCGCUGAGCUCGCUGCACUGCCAAUCUUACUACCAGUCGCUGUCAGCAGCUGCUGCUGCCCAUCAGGGCGUGUGGGGGUCCCCGCUGCUGCCUGCGCCCCCUGCAGGCCUGGCGCCCGCCUCGGCAGCCCUGAACAGUAAAACCACGAGCAUCGAGAACCUGCGGCUCCGGGCCAAGCAGCAUGCUGCCUCCCUGGGACUCGAUACGCUGCCCAACUGA